ACUGUGAUCCAGACGCUCUUCGGGUCCUCCUGACGUCCGGCCAUGGUGUCCGGCUGAGCUGUCCUGGUGCUGAGAAGCUGAGCCGCGGUGAAUGGCGGGGUCCCUGGAGCCAAGCUCUGAGGCGGUCCUGCGCUUUCUCGCCGAGCGCGGGGGCCGGGCCCGACACUCGGAAUUGGUGCAACACUUCAGGGACGCCCUGUGUGGCAAGCGCGAACAGCGCACCCGCGCCCGCGAACACUUCAAGGAACUGGUCAACGCAGUGGCCACCGUGCGCACCGAUCCCGCGGAUGGUACCAAGUAUGUGCAUCUCAAGAAAAGGUUCUGUAUGGGGGAGUCCCCUCCGCUUGAGGCCGCGCUCCCCCAACAACUCCCGCGCAUCGAGGUGACUGAGGAGCCUCAAGUCCCGGACCUUCCAGCGAAACCAUGCGAGGGCAGCCAGCCUCCGGUGGAGGCAGAUCCACAGUUGUCUCUCGGAGUGGGCGGCGGACUGAGCCACCAGAAGCCUCCGGCGGCUGCUCAAGGUGGGGCCCAGAGUAAAGACUCGCCACGGGAGGUCGAGGCCGUGUCGUGGGCGCCGGGCCCCGGAUCCAGUGAGAACCUUAAACUCCCUCCACAUGGCGGUGAGGAGGCUGAAGGGGGCAGUUCCCCUAGUGUGCCAAAUACGCCCAGGUCGGCCCGUCAGAACUUUCGGGACCUGGUGAUGGGCAGCUCCCCGCAACUAAAGAGGAGCGCGGGUCCUGGGGACGGUAGCGCUGGGAGCAUCUCCUCAGGAGGUCGCAGCAGAGGAGGGGCCGACUCCGAUAGCACCUCGUUAGCGUCUUCAUCCGCAGAAGAGGAGAGCAGCGGCGGAGGCUCGGUUACCCUGGAUCCUCUUGAGCACGCCUGGAUGCUCUCAGCUUCCGAGGGCAAGUGGGACAGCCUAAUAGGGCUGCUCACUUGUGAGCCCGGCCUGCUCUCGAAGCGAGACUUCAUCACCGGCUUCACUUGUCUCCACUGGGCGGCCAAGCACGGCAGGCAGGAGCUCCUGGCCAUGUUGGUCAACUUUGCCACCAAACACCACCUGCCAGUGAACAUCAAUGCCAGGUCGAGCGGAGGCUACACUGCCCUACAUUUGGCAGCGAUGCAUGGGCAUGUAGAGGUGGUGAAGUUACUAGUGGGAGCCUACGACGCAGAUGUAGACAUCAGGGACUACAGCGGGAGAAAGGCCUCUCAGUAUCUGAGUGAGAGCAUUGCAGAGGAGAUAAAGAACCUGGUGGGAGCCCUGGACGAAGACGAUGGAGACAGCGCUGCCGGCCGCGGGAGUGGACGCUGGAGACUUUCAAAGGUGCUCCCAUCACACAUCACUCACAAACUCUCCCCGGUCGUGGAAGACGGAGCUGACCAUCACCACCACCUCGCCGAGGGAUGGACUGGAGGAAGCAAAGCAAAAGAUUCAGGUCGCAAAGCCUCGGGCAGCUCGAGUGGACGGAUAAAACCACGACUCAACAAAAUCCGAUUCCGAACCCAGAUCAUUCACACCACUCCCUCCUUCAAGGAUGCUGAACCGACACUGGAGGAGGGGGAAGAGGAAGAGGAGGAAAGGCCUCUUCGAGGCUACUCAUCUUCCUUUAAACUGAGACCGAAGUCCAAUGUAUUCGGGUAAAAAACAAUGGGUGCUAGAAAUACUAAGGCUUAUUUGUCUUCAAGGUAGAGUAAUACUGGGUAUGGAUAAGAAGUGGAGGCAGAAAAGACAGGAUAAAUUGCAUUUCAACUUCUGGGCUUGGAGUGGAUCUGCAAUAAUCCUUUCCGGAUAGCAUUCUGGGGCAAGAAAAUGUCUCUGAAGUGAUUCAUAAUGCACUGAUUUGUGCCUCUCUCCCGCCCCACCCUUGUAACCUGGAACUUGUGAGAACUGGAAUUAUUGAUGACUAAGAGUCCCUUUGCUUUUUAAUCAUUACUAAGAUACCAUUCAGAGUAAGGGCCAUCAGAAAAUGCAAAACUCCUGGUAAUGCAAACUGAACCUGCUAAUUUUGUAAAUGAAUGAAACUACAGGCUGCCCUGAUUUUCUACCAGUCGCACUUGCUUAAGGUGCUAAAGAAGUCAAGGUCAGAGUUGAAAUGUGAAACUGCAAAUGAGAAUUAUGUGACUGGAGAUGGGAAUCUACAGAUAUUAUCUGACUUAUAUUGUAAGUAGCAGUUCCCUUCCUUUAAAAGCAAUUUUAUUUUUUAAUCACUGGACAGAAGAACUAGGCAGUAUUUGCUUUUGAGUUGCUGUAAUCUGGUCUGUGCCUAUAACACUAUUCAGUAUACGGUACAUUAUUAACCGCAAACUUCUGGUUAAGUAGAAGAACAUGUAGCAACCUCUGGUACUUUUCUUUAAAGUGAAUGUCUUGUUGAUUAUCACUAACUUGUUUUGCUACUCUUUAAUUCUAAACUUUCUGGGGUUUGUAUUCUGGGGUUUCUUUUUGAUGAAGCUUACAAUACUUAGACUAAUUUACUUAUCACCUAAACCAUUCCUUGUUUAGAAAAUGGCAAAACUCAGCAUAAGUAUUAAUAAGCCUAUGCUUCUGUGAAGUAAUUAUUAAAUCAACUUAAUAUGUUUCUCAUGUAAGAGACAUUUUAAUUUUAUUAAUACAUUCAGAGUCUCUAUGCUUUGUAGCAACAUUUUACAAAUGUGCAAAAUACUAAAUCUUUCACUUUUCUUACGUUUCUUUGUAUCUACUCAAAGAGCUAUGGUGUAGUUACAGAAAGCCUAGAUAGUCUGCCCAUUUAAAAAUGGGCAAUUUAUUAUACUUUAUAAGAAGAAAGAGAAAUGGGAUCAUUUCUGUAUUUCAAUGCUGCUAGCUAUUGAAUUUCCUUAUAUAUAAUUGAAAAAUACUAUUCCUUAAAAUUAAAGACCUUUACAACUGUGAUCCUUAAUUACAUUCCAUUCAUUUGUGUUAAGAAUAAAUGGCUUUAUAAUUAUUUUAAAAAUUAACUUGGAAACGUAUUAAAUCUGAUAGCAAGAUUAGAAACUUUUGGGCGAGACUGAUUUGACCAAAUCCUUCUCUCUCCGUCUUUCUGGCCUGAUUGCUGAAACCUAAGUUGUUAGCACCCAUAAUAUAGAGGGCUGAGUGAGCAGCCAAGCCUGCAGAGCGGAGGAGACUGCAUGGUUAUAUAGAGCUGCACAGCAUUUUGUUGUUAAAUAACCUUCCCAAGUCAUAGAAAUUUCUAACAAAUUUGUCACAUCUCAAAAUAGCAGUUGUUUAAGUAUGGAUUGAAGAUGCUCAUGAAACAUAUAAAUUGUGGCUAAGGAGAUGGUUCAGUGGGUAUGAGCACUUGUUCUGCAAGCAUGAGGACCUGUGACUGAAUCCCCAGCACCCAUCUAAAAGGGUAUGUAUGCAUAGCUGAGGUGAUACGGGCAGAUCCUCAGAGCCCAGUGCCAGACAGCCUACCUGAAAGCAAUGACUUCUGGAUCAGGGAGAGGCUGUCUCCAGGCAGUAAGAAAGACGUAGAGGAAGUCACCUGACAUUCUACUCUGACUUCAGAAUAAGCACACAUGGGUACUCCCAAACAUUCUUGUGCCUACACUACACACACACACACACACACAAAGUUGCUACCCACUUAUGUGCCUUCAUCUUUGUUUUAGGAUUUAAGAAGUAGAUCAUGUACAUCGAUGAGCACUUUUUCUGUCCACGUAAGUGAAAAGCCAAUGUAAAAAGCAAUCAUGUUCCAUGUCUAGACAUGUUAACUAUAUCUAGUGCAGAAUAAGCUUACAGUUCUCAAGGACUUUUAAAUUCCGUGUUAAGAUAAAGCAACUACCAUUUGACUUGCUUUUCACAGUAAAGGUUAAAAGCUAUGAUAAAAUAUUACAUUUUUUCUGGAGUCAUUCAGACAGCUCAGCAGACAAAAAUAGUUGUCUUACAAGCUUAAAGACCUGAGCUUGACCCUAAAACCCACAGUAGAUGGAGAAAACUUAACUGCUGAAAAUUGUCCUUCAGCCCCACAUGUGUGCCAUGGCAUCUACACACCUGUACUCACACGCCUGGCACACAAGCAAACACACAAAGCUAAUUAGUUUAAAUUUCAAAGGCACAAAAAAGGAACUCCAGGCAUUCUUGUCAUAACAUACUUUAUGCAAUAAAUAUAACAUUUCAAGCUAUAUAACUCCAUUCCUUUUUUUUUCCAGUUUUCAAAUCAAAAGUAGAAAAAAAUCAUUUGUAUAAUUCGAUAAUCAUGAAGUUGUAUCUCUCAACAGUGGCAAUACAUAAAUGCAGGCAUCUGUUGACAAGAGACUGUAGUUUCAAAACAAGUUUAUGUGUAUGCUUGAAGCUAUGAAUGUCAAGUUUGCUUUUAUGGUAUAUAAAGUGCAGCUAAUGUGGUACUAGUUUAUUCACACCUGAAAUAAUUGGAAUAUGAUGUUUGUCUUUUGCUUUCUUAAGUAAGUGAAAGUUUUCAAGAAAUGUGAAUAUGUGAAGUUUGUCAAAAUAAAAUGUUCCUGGUAGAGAUC